CUGUAAUUUUAUAAUUUUAUUAACAAAUAUGAUAGUAGAGAUGUAACCUGGUAUUAUUGAAAACAACAAAUACAUUUACAAUGCUACAAUGUACAUAAGAAAUAUUUUCCACAGUACAUACAUUGCAAGAUUUUGUAUAUAAUUGAAGGUACAAUUUCAUGCAGAAAUGUCUUUAUAAUAGUUCAGAAAAUAUCCAGUAUUUUCUACUUGUAUCUUUAUAUAUUUGAUUUCUUUUUUAUUAUACAUUUUAAAGUGAUGUUAUUUUAAAUAAUGGCUUAAAUAAGAAAUUAUUUUGUUUAUAGCUCUGCCAAUUUACUUAAAGUCGUUCUGGUAUAAUAACAACACUGACAAAAACAACAGUGUGUUUCAGUAUAUACAUACUCAAUACUGCAUAUAUUAAUAAAAAUACUUUUAAUUUAAAUUUAUUCCUUCCUUUAACAUUUUUUGCAGUGUAUGAAUUCUUGAUUCCAAAUUUUCAAAAUCAAUUUCUAUAAAGAAAAUUUUUUUAUUUUACGAAUAGAAAUCUCAUAUAUUAUUAUUAUUAUAUUUUUUUAAUACUAACUUGAAUUUUUUGCUCUGUUAAACUUUUUUUUGUUUCGAGAAGAAGAGUUAUGAAUUCUAAAUGAUUCCACCGAACUGCCUAUACAUAUUAAUAUGUUAUAAUCAAAACUAAAUUUUGUUUCUGUUAAGGAAAAUAUUCUUGUGUUUAUCAAUACCUGGUGAUAAACUAGACCUAUAAGUUUUAAUGUGACUAGAAAUGGAAGAAGAACGACUUCUGCUUUGUCUACAAUUUGCAUCAUUUGUUCGUAUAGAAGAAUGAUUAUUAUGUUUUAAUGCAGAACUACCAUCUCCAGGUUUUCUACUGGCAGAUGCAGUUAGUUGUUGUACUUUUAAUAAUAGGGCUGCAUUUUCAGCCUUAAGUUUUUGAAUUUGUGUCCGAAAAGAUAUACGUUCUUUUGUAACACUAUUCUCUAAGGACUUGAUAGCUCCUAAUAUGUGUCUUAAACCUUUUCCUAAAUGUUAAUAUGUACUUAAGAUUCAUUUACAAAAAAUUAAUACAUUUGAAAUUACCUCCAGUUGAAAGUCUUUGAUUUUCUUGAAUAAGUUUUUGAUUUGCAGUUGUAAGUUGUUCUAUACGUUUCUGGAAAUUUUUAUGCAUUUCCACAGAUUGUAACUUUUCGAUUUCAGCUUGUAAUCUUCUGAUGGUAGUUUGCAAUAUUAUUGGAUCAGGUAAACCACAGUAUUCCAAAGGUAAUGGAUAAUGAAUUCUUAAGAAAGUUAUUACGUUAACAUACAUUUCUUUUUUCAUUUAUAAAAAUUCUAUUUAAAUUUUUUGCACUUAAAGUAUUUAUGUAUUAUGCAGAAAAAAACAUAUAUAACAGUCACUGUGUAAAGGUUUCACAAAAUCUGUAAAACUAAUACAUACCGAUCGAACUCUACUGUGUAAGUUAAAAUAAGAUACCGACGAUUGUUUGUCACAUUACCCAAAUUUGAACUCGAGGUACGUUCAAGUUUACGUGUACGCAAGAAUUCUAGAUCUUCAAAUGUUAGGAGAUCCAAGGUUAUAAAUUUUACUUUUAACAAUCCUGACUGCAACAUAGCAAGGAAUACAUCAAAAUGCUUAUAAUUCCCAGUUUUGUGCGUCAACUUUUCGAUAUCUUAAAACGCGAAGAAAGAUCAUAACCUUAAAACAAUAAGCGCUCGGUAUAAGCCAUAAGAUUUAAAUAACGAACAUGCAGCGUCAUAGGAGGACUGCCAAUUUUCGCCGGUAUAUUUAUCAGUAACAGUCAGUUCCAAAUUUCGCUGGCACCCUUUAAAAGCAAUAACUUUUAUCUUGACAAUAUACUCGUUGCCAUUUUUGAACUUGUAAGUUGUCACUAACGAUGGGCCAACUUCGUUCAUACUGAAAGACGAGCAUUAAUGCGACAAUGAGCACUAAACAUGAAUGAACAUGAAAGAAAACUAUCAAAAGAAUUCUAUGGCAUAGAAAUAGAAUAAAAUAAAUUAAUCAGCACACGUAUUGAAAUUUUAAGUUAAUUGACGCAACGUCGAUACACACUCAACAUGAGAACGUAUCGUCGCGAAGUAGCAACUUAGUUGAAGACAUGUUGAUGCGUAGCUGUCAAUGACAUCACAAUGUGGUAUUAGUCGAAGGAUGAGCUGAUUUAUACUUUAACAAAUAGUUAAACCGCCAAAAUGUGGUCAUUUUUCUCGAGAGAUCCCACCAAAGACUUUCCAUAUGAAAUUGGAGAACCAGUUCCGGGUUUAGAUGAUAAAAACAUUUGGACGUUGCACAGAGCCAAAAAAAAGGGUUCUGGAGGAGGCGAAGAUGUUUCCGUGUUUGUCUUUGAGUCUAAAAGUGGUAAUGAAUAUUUUUUAGAUUUGGCACGCUCAGCAGUGAAAAGAUUAAAGACUCUUAGGCAUCCUAGUAUACUUGCAUAUCUUGAUAGUCUUGAGACUGACAAAAUGAUUUAUUUAGCAACUGAACGUGUAGAGCCUCUGUAUAACCGCUUAACCAGAAAAUCGGAGAACGAUGAAGAGUCAAAAAAAGAAUUGUAUUUUUCUUGGGGAAUAUUUCAAAUUACAAGAGCAUUGAACUUCUUAAAUAAUGAUGGUAAUCUAAGACAUAACAAUGUCAAUUUAUGGACAGUUUUUGUAAAUGAGGAAAGUGGAGAAUGGAAACUGGGAGGAGUUGAAUAUAUGACAACUGUAGAUGCUGUUUAUAUUACUUUACCAUCAACAUUCCAAGCAUACUAUCCUCCAGAUGCUAAAGAAAAUGUAAAGCCAGCUACUAAAUGCUCGGUUGACAUGUGGGGACUUGGAUGCCUGAUCUGGGAGACAUAUAAUGGUUCGCUAAAUACAAGUACACAACUUAAAAACACGGACAAAAUUCCGAAACAGUUGCAAGUAGUAUACCGGGAAUUGACAAGCGGCAAUGCAGAAGGAAGACCAAACCCUGCUGAUGUGAUAGCGCGUUGUCGUAGUAACGGGGGAUUUUUUAAGAAUAAUCUCGUAGACGCACUUCUGUUCUUAGAAGAAAUUCAAAUGAAAGAAAGGGGAGAAAAGGGUCGAUUUUUCUCUCAACUUGCUGGUCAGUUAGAAUCAUUUCCAGACGGUGUUGGCAGAUACAAAAUUCUGCCUCAAUUAUUGGCAGCCUUCGAGUUUGGUGAUGCUGGAAGCGCGGUAUUACCACCUCUUUUGCAACUAGGUUGCCAAUUACCUGAUGCUGAAUAUCAGAAAAGAGUUGUACCGUGUGUAAUAAAAUUAUUUGCAUCAAACGAUAGGGCAACCAGAUUGAGAUUAUUGCAGCAGUUGGACAGAUUUGUCGACCAUUUACAACCAGCAACAGUUAAUGAAGCUAUAUUUCCACAGGUAGCCAGAGGAUUUCUAGAUACAAAUCCUGCGAUUAGGGAACAAACAAUAAAGUCUGUUGUACAUUUAGCACCAAAAUUAGACUAUAAUAAUCUUAACGUGGAAACGUUAAGAUAUUUUGCUAAACUUCAAUCCAAGGAUGAACAUGGUGGUAUACGCACUAAUACGACAGUCUGUUUAGGGAAAAUUGCUCAACAUCUUCAUCCUCAGAUUAGACAAAAAGUAUUGAUUGGAGCAUUUAUAAGAGGUACAAGAGACACAUUUCCACCAGCUAGGACUGCGGGUAUUUUAGCAUUGGCUGCGACGCAACAAUACUUUUUACUGCAAGAAGUAGCGAAUCGGAUUUUACCAGCUUUGUGUCCACUCACCACGGAUGUAGACAAAGGAGUGAGGGACAAUGCAUUUAGAACCAUUCGAGGAUUUCUAUCGAAGCUUGAAAGGGUAUCAGAAGAUCCUGGGUUACGGGAAUCUAUGGAGGCAGAUGUAAAUACAGCAACACCUAGUCUUAGUAAUGCAGCAGCUACAUGGGCAGGAUGGGCUGUAACGGCAGUAACAGCCAAAUUUUAUCGCAGUCAAUCGGACACACCGAAAUCAUCAAAUCCUCAUGGCGGAUCAAGAAUUUUAUUAAAUAAACCAGCAUCUCUGGAACAAGCCAGCAGUUCUCAAAGUAGCGCUAGCACAACAGCAACGACAAGUAGUGCUACAAGUAUGACAUCGUUAGAUCACGAUCAUGAACACGAUUUACAAAACGCUGCAAAUACCAAUUCCGAUUGUGAUUGGGACUGUUGGGACGCUGACAACUGGGGUGACAUGGAGCAACAAUCUUCCACCACUUCUACACUUGGAACGCUUAACAUUUCACCAUCGUCACAUUCUCCGAAGGCCAAUGAUCAGUGGACAAAUUUAGAGGAAGAACCGGAAGAAGAAGCGGCACAAACUGUACAAGACAAAAAUGAAUCUUCCGAGGUAGUUUGGGAGGACUCGGAGUUUCAACCUUUGGAAGAUUUUCAACCAUUGGAACCAGGAAAUACCGAAAGUACCAAUACACUUAGUGGAAAUAAUAAAUUAGAGGAAGCUAGAAGGAAACGAGAAGAACGCAAAUUAGCCAGGCAAAGGCAAAUGGAAGCAAAGAGAGCAGUGAAAUUAAGAAGUAACGUCACCGCAAAAAAAAUUUAAUUGAAAUUCCAUCAUUUUUUAAUUGCAUUCAGGUAUACACAACACAAUUUUAAAUACGAAUUAGACGUGACAGAAAUUUCUUUUCUGUUAAUGCUAUGAUUUUACUGUCGAAAAGGUCGAUUCUGAAUUAUUUGCAACAUUGUUUAUUAUAUGUUCUUAAAAAAUAUUAUACAUCUAUUCAAUAAAAUAUAA